AGAGCAUCGCUAAAUCCUCUGGUAAUCCAUUCUCCAACGAGUCCAUUCUCUCGAGCUUUCGUUCUUUGACCAUGGCGUCUUGCUUGCAAGCAUCGAUGAACUCUCUACUUCCACGCUCUUCUCCUCCUCUCUCUUUGAACUCGUCCGGGAGGAGAAACUCGAAGGCCUUUCGCGUCAAAGCCGCUGCCAAAAUCCCUAUGCCUCCGAUUAACCCCAACGAUCCUUUCCUCUCGAAGCUCGCUUCCGUCGCCGCGCAAUCGCCCGAGAGACUUAUCGCUCGGCCGUUAAACGCCGAUACGCCGCCGUAUCUUGACAUCUUCGAUUCGCCUCAGCUCAUGUCUUCUCCUGCUCAGGUUGAAAGAUCGGUGGCGUAUAACGAGCACAGGCCAAGGACUCCUCCACCAGACUUGCCAUCUAUGCUUCUUGACGGGAGAAUUGUUUACAUUGGCAUGCCUCUCGUGCCGGCGGUUACUGAGCUGAUUGUUGCUGAGCUGAUGUAUCUUCAGUGGCUGGAUCCCAAGGAGCCUAUUUACAUUUACAUCAACUCCACUGGGACUACUCGUGACGAUGGCGAGACUGUUGGAAUGGAAUCAGAAGGUUUUGCGAUAUAUGAUUCUCUGAUGCAGCUUAAAAACGAGGUACAUACAGUGUGUGUGGGAGCAGCUAUAGGUCAUGCAUGUUUGUUACUUUCAGCGGGAACAAAGGGCAAACGGUUUAUGAUGCCACACUCCAAAGCGAUGAUCCAGCAGCCUCGUGUUCCUUCUUCUGGGUUGAUGCCAGCCAGUGAUGUCCUGAUUCGUGCCAAAGAGGUUAUAACAAACAGGGAUAUACUUGUGGGACUACUAGCAAAGCACACUGGGAAUUCCGUGGAGACUGUGGCUAACGUGAUGAGAAGGCCAUAUUACAUGGAUGCAUUAAAAGCUAAAGAAUUUGGAGUCAUUGACAAGGUUCUUUGGCGUGGUCAAGAAAAGAUUAUUGCGGAUGUGGUUCCUUCAGAUGAAUUCGAUAAGAAUGCUGGGAUUAGAAGCGCAGAACGAGUUUAGUUUCAAAUACUAUUGCCUCAAAUCUCUGUUUCAGUGGAGAGCACUAAAUAGAACUACAAACUGAUCAAGUUCCUUGGCUGCGACUGUACUUGGUAAAUUUCAAUCAUGCGAUUAGAAGAAACAUAUUAAGAUGUUCUUCAAAAACUAUGUGAUGAAGUUGUAAUGUGUUUCAAAAGCCAAAGUAAAUGCAAAUGUUGAACUCCAUCCUUUUGUUUUA